AUGCGCGACAUCGUGAACAGAAUAAAGAGCAGCUGUUGCAGCCCGCCUUCUUCCACCCCUCCUUCUCACCCUGCUAAACCCUCGUCUUCGUCGGUGGUGGUGGCGGCGCUAUCCUCUGGCGUGAGGGCCGCCGCCGGCGUUACGGACGCCGCCGGCGAUGGUGGUGGUAGGGGAACAACGGUGGGGGAUCCGCUGUCGGCCCUGAUGGGGGCGUUGGGAGGGGAGGGGGGAGGGGGGGGGCUGUUGACGGGGCUGCUGGGUGGGGAUGAUCGUGCCCGCUUGCGACAGGCUGUGGAAGUGGAGGCGGACAGCGCUACAGAAACCAUCGUCAAGACAGGUCCUGGGGUGUUCACGAGAGCUGUCAUGGCGUGGAUGGUCAGCUCCGCCACGGGGGAAGACGGUGCUGCUCCCACUACAACCGACGGCAGUGGCACGAUCAGCACAGCACAAGAGGAGAUUUUCCACAGCACUGGCACGGCUGCGCUCGACACUGAUGUUUUUGGUGGUGGUGGUGGUGGUGAUAGUGGUCGGGGUGGUGAUGGUGGUGGUAGUGCUACCUUCGGUGCAUCGUCACGUUGCAGUCCAAACCGAAGGCGUGCCGACGACAACACCACGGUCACAGCCAUCGCCGCCGCCGCCGCCGCCGCUACUCCGCCUGCGAUGAUCCUGCCCCCGUCGUAUCUGUAUCCGGUCCCCAACAACGCCGCUGCCGCCAAGGCGGGCCUCUUGAUCGGGGACGGGACCGAAAGUGGGGUCCGCGAGCGCGUGGGCGGUUAUCUUUCCUCAGAGUCUCUUGCGGCUCACCUUUGGGGAAGGUCUUGGCAGCAGCAGCAGCAGCAGCAACAACAACAACUGGUCAAGGAGUAG